CCAUUUGUCGACGAUGAUCAUCCACUCCAACGUCUCUUUCCUCCUCGUGUCUGGGCUAUUCGAAUCCCCGUCAUCAUCACCCUGUUUGGGUCGGCUGUUGUUGGAACUUUCCUUGCCCUGGUUCUGAUUAGAAGCAACCGAAAGAAGGCGGCAAAGGCCAGAGCAGCGGCG